AUGGCACCUGGAUCCAUCAUGAUGGCUCCCAUCUGUCUGGUGGAAAAUGAGAAACAGCAGCUGAGGGUAAACCCAGAAGCACUGAACAUUCUGGAGGAGAUCUUAGGGCCAAUGGUGGUGGUGGCCAUCGCAGGGCUGUAUCGCACAGGAAAGUCCUACCUAAUGAACCGUCUGGCAGGACAGAACUGCGGUUUCCCUCUGGGCUCCACUGUGCAGUCCAAAACCAAGGGCAUCUGGAUGUGGUGUGUGCCCCACCCCUCCAAGCCAGACCACACCCUGGUCCUUCUGGACACUGAGGGUCUGGGAGAUGUGGAAAAGGGUAACCCCGAGAAUGACUCGUGGAUCUUCACACUGGCUGUGCUACUCAGCAGCAUGUUUGUCUACAACAGCAUUGGCACCAUCAACCACCAGGCCCUGGAGCAGCUGCACUACGUGAGUGAACUAGCGAAGCAUAUCAGGACAAAAUCCUCUCCCAGCUCUUAUGAAAUACAUGACUCAGCCGAAUUUGUGAGUUUCUUUCCAGACUUUGUUUGGGCUGUCCGUGAUUUCACACUGAAGCUGGAGUUAGAUGGUUGCCCCAUCACCGAAGAUGAGUACCUGGAGAAUGCCUUGAAGUUGAUUAAAGGUCUUAGUACCAAACUGGAAAUGUCCAACCAGCCUAGAGAGUGCAUCAGGAAGUUCUUUCCAAACCGGAAGUGCUUUGUCUUUGAUCAGCCUACAAGUGACACAGAAUUGUUACACUACAUGGAGGAAGUGUCAGAAAAUCAACUGGAUUUGAAUUUCCAAGAGCAAUUCCAAAAAUUCUGUUCUUAUAUCUUCACACAUGUAAAAGCCAAGACCCUAAGGGAGGGGAUCACUGUGUCUGGAAAUGGGCUGAGAACUCUCGUUGUGAUCUACGUGGACACCAUCAACAGUGGAAGUAUUCCUUGUUUGGAGAAUGCAGUGACAACUCUGGCCCAGCUUAAGAACUCAGAGGCUGUGUGGAAGGCAGCCGACCACUACAGCCAGCAGAUGGCCCAGAGAGUGCAGUUCCCCACAGACACGCUCCAGGAGCUGUUAGACCUGCAUGCAGCCUGUGAGAGGGAGGCCAUCACAAUCUUUAUGAAGCACUCCUUCAAGGAUGACAAGCAGGAGUUCCAGAAAAUGCUUCUGGAAACCACAGAGAAAAAGAAGGACGAUUUCUUACUGCAGAAUGAAGAUGCAUCUCUCAAAUAUUGCCAGGCUGAGCUUAGGAAGCUUUCAGAGUCCUUGAGGGAGAGCAUCUCCAGAGGAACAUUCUCUGUGCCUGGAGGACACAGUCUCUACUUAGAAGCAAAGAACAAAAUUGAGCAGAACUACGAGCUGGUGCCUAGGAAAGGAGUUAAGGCGAAGAAGGUUCUCCAGAGCUUCCUGCAGUCACAGGCACCAAUAGAAGAAUCCAUCCUGCAGGCAGACAAAGCUCUCGCUGAUGGGGAGAAGGCCAUAGAAGCUGAGCGGGCCAAGAAGGAGGCAGCUGAGCAGGAACGGGAGCUUCUAAAACAGAAAGAGAAGAAACAACAGCAAUUCAUAGAAGCUCAAAAGAUAAGUUUUAAGGAAAACAUAACCCAACUGCAAGAGAAGAUGGAGAGAGAAAAAGAUGAACUUCUUAGAGAGCAGAAAAAGAUGCUGGAUCAUAAACUAAAGAUGCAAGAAGAACUACUUACUGAAGGGUUUACAAAUAAAUAUGAGGAGAUGAACAAAGAGGUAAAUCAGCUAAGAGAAGCUGUUCAGCAAACUAAAAGCAAUAGAUCCACAGCAAUUUCUGAUGGCCUCAUUGAGGCUGGUAGUGUAUUAACUGCAGUACUACCUGAGUUUUUAAAGGUUUUUGGUGUAGGCCUUGUUGGUCUUGGCACAGUUAUGAAAUAUGGCAAUGGUUGCAUUCAAUAA